UAAAAAAUUAUGUCACAAACAAAAUAAACGCGGCGAAAAUCGAACGUUAAAGUUGUAUCGUCACAACAUCACGUAUGUAGGUGUAAAGUGAGACGAAAUAAUAAAUAAUUUCUUUUGUCAAAUGAAUGUAACAAUCAAAUAAGAAUUAGUUGAUCGGUUUUCCAUCGUUGUGGUUUUUUAAGGUUUUUCCAGUGGACAGUCUAAAUGUCAUAAUCUCUAACUAGAAGUCAUUCUGUGACGAUAUCCAAUCAUGAUCACACGGAUAUAUCUUCUUUUCGUUUUCUGGGUUGUCCAGAGAAGUCACGUAGCGUCGGCUAGGAGUCAGCUGUUCUCAGAAUAUGACACAAUUUCACCGCCUAUGAACCCACCUCCUGCCUUAAUUGAUUUUCAUGGUCCUAGUCGACACAAAACUGAUUAUGAUUUAUUUGGGUCACGCAGAUUAUACCAUAAUAACUUACAUGGUCCACAUAAGAAAGAUAGAGGUAAAUUAUGGAAUACUCCUGGUUAUGAAUCUACAAACUUGUUUCGACCAAAGGAAUAUGCGGAGCAAUUAAAUGUUCCCAUAUUAAAAGAGACACCAAACACGAAACAAGCAAUUAGACAUGAAGAUCUAGAUAAUUCUCACGAAGAUGGUCAUCAAAGAAAAUUAGAAGGUGAAAUCCAGUCUCGACUUGAAAAUGAUCCGCUAAAGAUAAAUUUGCUACCAGAAUCAACCACUACUACAGAGUCACCUGGCUUGAAAACAAAUAUUAUAAAAGAAAUCCCUUCAUACGAGAAAUAUGAAAUUUCUAAUACCCAAGAGCUUUCUAAUAACUUACAAAAUCAAGAGACAAAUUAUGAUACAGUCACUGAUUCAAUAUUGAUCCCUGAUGAAAUUGAUGAAUCAAAGUUGGAAACGGAUAAAAUAUCUAAAAAUGAAGAGAAUAUUGCUCAAUCAUUACCUAUUAAUGAAACAAUUGAUGAUAAUACCAAUCAUGCUAACAACAGAGACAUGGACAUGGUCCCUAUACAAAUAAUGAUACCGAUAUCAUCAUUGGCUAAUAUUUUACAAAAGUCAAAUGAAAGUAAGCUAUUAUUUUCAACAGAUAAUACAAAUGAUGAUAACAUUUUGUCUACAAUAAAUGAAAAUAAUCAAAACAUAUUAACAAUUUUAAGUCCAACGAAUAUUUCUGAUCAUGGAACUCCAUACACGAAAAUGUUUGUUAAUCUGCCUCAAAAUAUGCAGCAAGCAACUUUGUCACCUUCUAAUAUAAGUGCGAAUUUUGAAAAUCAAGGAUCCGUAAUGAUAACAGAUAUUCCUAACAUAGGUGAUAACCAAAAUAAUCAAAAUUAUCUAGAACGCCAGCCAGAGACACAAUCAAACCCUAUUGAUAAAAUUAGUACCACAUAUUCAAUAAAUGAUCAAUUUGGUGAUUAUCAAUACUCAACACAAAGUCCUCAAGAACAAUUGGAAAAUACUUUGGCACGCUCUAAUAAUGUGGCAAAUAAAAAUACAGAGGCUCACAUAUUAAAUAUACAACAGAAACCUUAUUUCAUACCUAUUAAUGCCAUACUCACAAGCAGUAAUCAGCAAGAGAAUACAAAUUCUGCAGGAAACCAACUAAAUAUACCAAGCGGUGGAAACGUUGGAUUUAACAAACAACAAAUGUUUUUAAAUGUUCCUACCAGUAAUGGAAUGGCUCAAUCAUUAUCUCAAAAUAUUGGCGUGCAGCAAACAGAUGGUAACAUUUAUAAUAGCAAACCAUUUGUGUUCCAAAAUCUUGGGCAACAAGCUAAUACAAACAGCCUUCCAGAAAAUAAUGGAUUAGCCACGAAUUUGAAUAACAAUAAUAUUCCCAAAAGUCUUGUUAACUAUCAAACUUCUGCAAACAAUUUUCCAAAUAAUGUAGGUGUUACUGAAGGAAAUAACGGUAAACCAAUGCUUCUGUAUGUACAGCAAGGAAAUCAGUAUGAUGUUGGAAAUAAUGCAAAUAAUCCAAACACGCAGCAGCAAUAUCUUUUGAUAAAUAUACCUAAAACCAGUAAUAUAAAUCCACCACAAGGCAGUGUGGUUUUGACUUCACCAAAUGGUAACAACGUUAACAGCCAAGGUACCAUUAUACCUGUUAAUACUGUUCUUGUAAACAGCAAUGGUGCUGACCUCCAAUCUAAUUUAUAUACUCGUAUCAAUAUACCUAAUACAUACACGAAUAAUCCUAAUGUGUACUUUAGCAAUGUUCCCGUGGAUUCGAAUGGCAGUUUUCAGUUACAAAGUCCUUACAACGUACCAUUAAAAAAGUAGUUUAAAUUUGAACACAAGAGAGAAGUUAAACAAUGUAAGAUUAAGAGAAAAUAAUUAUAAAUCAUUGUAUUCUAAUUGUGAUGAUUAUAAUUAAAUACAAUUAAUUAAUUAUUUAGAAUAUUAUUGAAUGAAUUAAAUUAUUUAAAGUA